GGCACACUGUGGUGGGAUGGGCUGUGAGCUGUUCAAGAUGGCGGCGCCCUGUGGAGUGCAGCUACUCUAACAGAGGUGCCUGGAGACUGUAUUGGUGGGUGGGUCCCAGGAGUCCUCCAGGCAAGUGGGGACGGACGCCGUGACAGAGACGCUGCCUCCACGUCCAGCACUGCCACCACCAUGGCCAGGGAGCAGCCAAAUGUGGGGGACCUCCUCCCACUCUUGGAGACCUCUGACCUCCACCAGCUAGAAGAGAUCAGAGGCCUUAUCAAUGAGCAGCUCAGCACUGAACGUGGGUCCAUGCUGCUAAACACGCUGGUGGACUACUAUUUAGAAACCAACUCCGCCCAGGCUGUGCAUAUCCUGUCAUCUGUCAGAGAGCCACAUGAUAAGCACCUUCUAGAUAAGAUGAAUGACUGUAUGACCAAACAGGCCUGCCGGCUGCCCACCCUCACUCUACUCGGCCAUGUAGUCCGCAAGCAGCCGUCCUGGAUCCACAAGAUUGCUCGAUACCCUCUGCUCCUCUCACUGCUCAAAUGCCUAAAGACAGAUACAGAUGUAGUCGUGCUUAUCACUGGAGUGCUGGUGCUGAUCACUCUGCUGCCCAUGAUCCCUCAAGCUGGGAAACAACACCUGUGGGAGUAUUUUGACAUCUUUGGCCGUUUGGCAUCGUGGAACCUGAAAAAUCCAGGCCAUGUUUCAGAGGUUUACCUAAUCCACCUACACGCCAGCGUCUAUUCCCUCUUCCACCGUCUCUAUGGCAUGUACCCUUGCAAUUUUGUGUCCUACCUGCGCUCCCAUUACAGCAUGAAGGAGAACAUGGAAACCUUUGAGGAAGUAGUUAAGCCGAUGCUUGAACACGUUCGCAUUCAUCCAGAAUUGGUGACGGGAACCAAGGAUCAUGAGCUUGACCCCACCAGGUGGAAAAAGUAUGAAAUCCAUGAUAUCGUCAUUGAAUGUGCCAAAGUGUCUCUAGACCCCAAGGAGGCUUCCUGCGAGGAGGGCUAUGCCACCAUGCCUGAGAACUUUUACCCCCAAAUCCACCUGCGACCACAGGACUGCACUUCCAGCCCCUACCCAGACCUCCACAGUAGCUAUGGAAGCACUUCUUCAACCCCAUUUUCAACUCCACGACAGCCUCUACCCCCACCCCUGUCCUUGCCCCCCUUCUCAGGGACACAAUCCUCGUACCGCAGCCCACAGACCUCCAGACGGCAGAACUCCUGUGAAUUAAAUUCCUCCUGUGGUGGGAAAGACCCUCUGUGGAGCCCCUCCUCAUUGUGUGGCAUGACUACACCCCCUUCCUCAAGGGGCAUGUCGCCCAACUUGGAGCUCUCCCACAGUGCCUCACAUCUUCCCACCCGCUUCCACUGCACAUCAGGAGGAAAAGGAACGCCUGCCUCCAGCACCCCAGCCACGUCUUCUCCGCCUCCCACCUUAUCAGAUGACUUUCCUGUAAUCUCCUUACCAGCCAACACAGUACAGUCCAGUCCACCAAGAAAAGAUCGGAGACAUGGGGAAGGCACAAAGCCCACACUGGUGAGACAAGACCCAGUAAAAGAGCCUGAGAAGAGUUCAGAAGUGGCCACAAGCAAAGAUGCAGGGGCUGCAGAGAACAUCUCCAUGACUCUGACAGAGCUUUCAGUUUUCAUGAAGAAACAGGAGUUGGAGCUGCAGCUGAGAACAGAGAAAGAAAAAGAGAAGGAAGAGGCUGCCAUCACAGAGGAGCUAUGGAAGCUCACUGAAGAAAAGCUGGAGCUGUCGGGUGUCAGGGGCUUUGACUCCCCUUUCUAUCACACCACUGAAACGCUGACUGGCUGUCAGACACGAGACAAGACCCGCUCCAGCACCCAGCCUGGAGGCACCGUCCGGGACACCCAUCAUGCCGUAUCAACACCAGAUAAAGCGGAGAACACCGUGUGUAGCAGCACUGUUGGCAGUGAAAGAGGAGCGGGAGCAGGAGAAGGAAGGAAUUCAGCUGUUGGCCUGGAGCAGUCAUGCUCCUUUCACACAUGCUUUACUCCUAUUGAGCACCACCUGCACCAAAGCCCCUCUAUCCCGGAUGAUGAAGUGACUAAGUUUGGGAUGUUCUCCCCGAGUCCGUGCAGCAAGACGCCAGCCCCGGUUCCCUAUGAGUCAUUUUUUGAUCUGGCCUUGCCGAGGGCAGCUUCACUCUUUGUGCACCAGAAGACGUCAGAGGUGGCGCACAAGGUCACCAUGGAGAGACUUUUGCAGCGGGAAGAGGGGUUGGAGGAUGGAGAGGAGGAAGGGGUAGUGUCUGCUUCACCACUGGAGGUGCUGGAUCGCCUUGUUCAGCAGGGAAGUGACGCCCACGACAAAGUUCUCAAGAGAUUACCUUUGCCAAGUAAGUCAGCUGACUGGACACACUUUGGAGAAGGACCAGCUGAACCUGCAGAGUGUGGACAUCCUAUCUCUAAGGGAGAGCUUGCAAGUGGAGCAGCAGCGAUACAGGCAGCUGUGGGAGGACCGGGAGACGGUGGUGACCAGGCUGCACAGUCAGAUCAGACAGCUGCAGCAGGGUCGAGACGACUACUACACCAAGAACCAGGAGCUCCAGAGCAAGCUGCAGGAGUAUCAGAAGAAGAUGGAUGAACUGGAAGCUGAGCUUCAAAGGGCCAACAACAAAGUUUGUCACACUGGUCACCUCCUGAAUCAGAUGACUAUCAAGCUGAGCAACAGCGAGAGCACCCAGCAGCAAAUGAGCUUCCUGAACAAGCAGCUGCUGCUCCUCGGGGAGGCACAUAAGCUGUCCAUGCAGGAAUUACAGCACGCAGACGCCAAUAACACAAAGGAGGCCCAGAUGCUGCAGGUGUCUUACGGAAAGGAGGUGGAGACUCUACGGCAGAGUCUGCUGGUUCAGGGUCAGAAACUCGAGGCAGCGCAGCAGAGAGUCGCCGAGCUGGAGACGCUUCUCUCCAAGAAGGAACACCUUAUCGCAGAGCAAAAGAAGUUCCUCGAGGACGUAAAAUGUCAAGCAAAGGCUGAGCUGCAGGCCUCAGACAGCAGGUAUCAGGCUCAGAGGAGAAUCACUCAGCUGCUGCAGACUGAACUCCUGCAGCUCUACAGCAGAGUAGAGAUGGAGGCUCCAGCCAGCACCACCUCCUGCUCACCACCAGAGGGCAGAGAUGACCCACACAUGCCUUGUGACUCCAGUGGCAUCGUGCCAGAUGGACCAAGUAACAUUCACAACAACGAGGACACAGACAGCAGACCACCACAUGACUCCCCUCAUGGCAAUGGCAGCACUUUAUCGCCAGGGCAACCAAAGGCGAGCAACUCUUCCAAGUCAACGGCAAACUCCAUCAACGGCAGUCAGGAACUUGCCCCACCCCUGCUGGUGGAGCCCUCCCUGUCCUGCCCCCACGCCAGCCUGCUCACUCCCCUGGCUGCCUCCGACACACCACUCACCGUGGGCUCCUACCCCAGUGCCAAGAGCUUCCUGGGCAUGAGGGCACGUGAGCUGUUCCGCAACAAGAGUGAGAGCCAGUGUGAUGAGGACCAGCCACCUCCUCGCCUCGCUGGCCUCGCCCACGGCCUGAAGACUGAGCUGUGCGUGGAGUCGAUAAGCCCAAGUUGUAUUGCCCCAGUCAGCCCCGCACCUUCGCCCAUCCCUCCCCCUCCCCCUCCCCCCGUUACUCCUCUCACUGUGCCCACCAAGGAGCCCGCCUCUGAGCCGAAGCAGCAGAGGGCUUCCAGGCAGGAAAGUCUCUGCAGAAAGACAGGGGCGGGGCCUGGUGGUGGGAGGGUACAGGUAGGGUCAAGUCGCCCCCGGCAGCAGCAGCUUAAGAUCAUGGACUAUAACGAGACCCAUCAUGAGCACAGUUAGGGACAUAGGACUGAGCCGGGAUGAAGGGAGACUGAAAUUUAAUGACGGAGAAGAGCUACAAAAUCGACAAGAGGAACAUGUCAGCAAUUCAGUGUUAUUUGUCCCAUUCCCUAAGUGUCACUCUGGGUGGACAACAGGAUUUUCACCCCACGUUCUUCUACUUAUAAUUGUUUUUGGGGUUUUUUUUGUUUGUGUUUUUUUUCAUAAUGCUUUAUUUCCCUGAAGAAUUUUGAUAAUGUGAUACAAGCAAUGUCAGCAUGUUACCAGUGAGCACGCUACGCUUGACAAAACAAAGGUGCUGAAAGAUUCACUGACAGGAAGCUGAUAACAGUGAUAAAGAAUCAUGAAGCUCCCUACACAGGACACCUUGACUAUUUACUUUUUAGAAAGUCAGUUCACCUAAAUUGGAGCUACUUUCUAUUGUGGUGGUGUGGCUAUCCACAGUAACAGACGGUUUGUUGUUGAAAUAUUUAGAGAUCAUGUCUAAAAGCUGUGAGCAAAAUUCCACUCAUCACUAUUGCAUAAGCUGAGAAGGCAGAAACUGUCUCUUUGACUGUAACUGGCACAAGUCAGAAAACCUGAAUUUUGGGUAAACUGACAGCUUACUCACUUUUUUUUUUUUCUUGUUUUUGUUUGAAACAUUUUCUUUUUUUUCUAUUUAAAUGGUAGCAAUUCUAAAAAAAAGAAAACACUGUUUAUUUUUCAUCAGUUAUCACUUCUAAUCAAAGUUCGAAUAUAAGUUCGCUUGAGUUUUUGGUUUGUUCUAGUGACAUUUUGAACCCACACUUUAUUGUUCCUGUGUUUAAGCAGAACAUUUCCGACAAACCUUUACAUUUUUGUUAAAAGGAAAAUUGGUUUUGCAUCCAAAUGUUUAAGUGUAGGUGCUGCGGACACACAAAAAUGAUUAUUUCCACAAAAAAGGAAAGUGAGUGAAUGAGAUUUGGAAACUGGUAACAUUUUUAUGAAUUUUUAUAAAUGCUACAUUUUCUACACCCCCUGCCCCCCCCCCCCCCUUUUUUUUUUCUUUUUAAUUUUGGGGUACAUGAACUAAAAUUGAAUCAGACCUGACAGGGUUGCACGACCCAGGUUUUAUCACAACAUUCAGUUCAAUACGAUUAUUUUGAAAGUGCCAAGCAAUAUAUUUGCAUUCUGGCUGACCUCAGUCAUCUCUAAACAUAAGUGUUGUUUCUCAACUUGUUCACUACGCUUGAAAACAGACAUAUUCUGUCCGAUGGGUUUUCCUUUCUGCAGGUCUGAUAAACAUGGAGUAACCUGUUCCCCUUUUGGAAGUAUUAGAAGUAAACUCUGGCUGUGGAAGUCCAUCUAAAUCCUGUUGUCCACCGGGAACUCCUGCUGUUUUUUCCUUCUGCCUCGCUAUCUAAAGCAUGUUCAACAAUCCACUUUAAAUGCCAACCGUAGUAUCUACAGCAAACCAAGACAGAAGAAACCAAGACAGAAGGUACAAUCAGCACAAACUGAAGGAAGAAAUCAGGACUCUCACCGGAGCUGGAGAAUCUGGGACAAAAUGGCAAAAAAGGAAGUUCGUAAAGCAGUGGCUUGUGUUUAACUGUGAACAAUAAAGAUCGUCUUCAAUGUUUUGCACUACA